GGUUGAGACUUCGGACUGGAGACUGGGCUUGUUGUGUGACAUUGAGAAACAGCAGCAUCAGGGGGGCCGCUCGGGUACAGCAGCAGUCGUUUAGGUUAAGGCUUGGGAAAGUGAUACUGAGGGACGGAUAAGAGGGGCACCUGGGAAACUAGAGACAUGGACAGGGGCGAUAGUAGUGAGCUCGGGGUAAUAGUAGUGAGCUUGGGCAAUAGUAGUGAGCUCGGGGUAAUAGUAGUGAGCUUGGGGCAAUAGUAGUGACUGAGCUUGGGGUAAUAGUAGUGAGCUCGGGGUAAUAGUAGGGAGCUCGGGUAAUAGUAGUGAGCUUGGGCAAUAGUAGUGAGCUCGGGCAAUAGUAGUGAGCUUGGGGCAAUAGUAGUGACUGAGCUUGGGGUAAUAGUAGUGAGCUCGGGGUAAUAGUAGGGAGCUCGGGGUAAUAGUAGUGAGCUCGGGGUAAUAGUAGGGAGCUCAGGGUAAUAGUAGUGAGCUUGGGCAAUAGUAGUGAGCUCGGGCAAUAGUAGUGAGCUUGGGGCAAUAGUAGUGACUGAGCUUGGGGUAAUAGUAGUGAGCUCGUGGUAAUAGUAGUGAGCUUGGGGCAGGGGAUAAGCGGGGAUAGUAGUGACUUGGCAUUGAGAGUUGGGUAUGAUAGUAUUGAGCCUGGGGUGUAGAAUGCCAGAGGAUAUAAUAAUAUAAUAAAUAUAAUAAUAUAGUGAGCUUGGCAGAUAGUGUUAGAGGGUGUAAUAAUAGUGAAUUUGAGGCACAGAGGGUAAUGGUAAAAUAGUAGUGAGCUUUGGGGCACAGUAAGUCAGAGGAAGAUAACAGUGAGCUGUGGUGAAAUAAUCAGAUGAUAAAACAGUGGUGAGCUUGGGGUUAUAUGGAAAGAUAGCAGUGAUAUUAGGGGAAGAGAGAUGGAGGGUAAAAUACUUGGGGCAGAGAGAAAUUAGAGAGUGUGGGGACAUACAGAGCUAACAGGAGACAGAGAGGUGCAGGAGGCCGAGAGAGAAUUGCAGGAGACAGAGAGUGAUGAGCUGAAGAUAAUGAGAAGUUUGCAGGAGAUAGCGAGCUACUGGGACACAGAUAGGCAAGUACUUCACCACUUCUUGCUGUGCAAAUAUUCGAAGGGAGGUGCAAACUCCCCAAAACUUUCUUCUCUACUUGGAGUGGUAAAACUGGCUAAAAUAAGGGAUUAUUUGCCCAGCAAGAAGUAGUGAAGUGCUUGUCUGUCCUGUGAAAUUGGCCAUGCGUCUAAGGAAUAGCACCACCAUAUGCAACAACACCUGAAGAGUGUGACGGGAGUUGACAGCAACAUGUCACGAAAGAAGAGCCAGAAGAGUAAGGGCAGCAAUUCACCCGCUUCAUGUGGCAUCCCACCAGCCAAAGAGAAUGGCAAGGUGGGCUCUGAUGCCCACUCCAACGGAAUGGCGAUGUCCGGGCGCCCGUCUCUCAGCAACAGCGGGGAGUUUUAUGACAUCACUUUCAAGGUGAUGUUGGUGGGAGACUCUGGAGUGGGGAAGACAUGUCUCCUUGUGAGAUUUAAGGAUGGGGCAUUUCUGGCCGGAAGCUUCAUCUCCACUGUUGGAAUUGACUUUCGGAACAAAGUGUUAAAUGUGGAUGGAGUCAAAGUGAAAUUACAGAUUUGGGACACAGCGGGACAGGAAAGGUUCCGGAGCGUAACCCACGCAUAUUACAGAGAUGCACAUGCUUUACUCUUACUGUACGACGUGACCAACAAGAGUUCUUUUGACAACAUCCAGGCCUGGCUAACAGAGAUUCACGAAUACUCACAAAAAGACGUGGUCAUUAUGCUCCUAGGAAAUAAGGUGGAUUCAACUCAUGAACGUGUGGUAAAGAUGGAGGAUGGAGAGCGUUUGGCCAAGGAAUAUGGAGUGCCCUUCAUGGAGACCAGUGGCAAAAGCGGGUUAAACGUGGACUUGGCGUUCAUCGCUAUUGCAAAAGAACUGAAGCACAGGUCUAUGAAGCUGCCCAACGAACCCAAAUUCAAGCUUCACGACUAUGUCAAAAAAGAAGUAAAGGGCUCAGGAUGCUGUAAAUCAUGAUCCUGCCGCACCAAUCAGAGCCAGAGGGGGAGUCAUCCUACAAUUGCUGUACAGAGACUGAUGAGAAGCGUUUGGCAUCUCCACCAAUGGGGCUCCUCUCUGUGAGAGCCCAGCUUCAGCACAGAGCCAUUCCUUGUGGAGAAUAUCUGUGCAUGUCCGUGUUCGUUAUUCUGUGAGGGUAGCAAUCUGACGUGUUGAACAAAAGGACAUCUAAACCAGUUACAGUCCCACGAUGCAGAAGUUUAUACACAAGUCAGGAGAACGAGGAUGGGUUCUAUAGGCAGGCCAGUGUCUUCUACAACUUGCAUGUAAUACAGGACUAGUGUUCUGCCGUGUACAUUUAACUACAUGUAUCUCGACUAUACAGGGAUGGACACAACACAAAUGUCCACUGUAACUAUGAAUAUAGAUUUUUCCCCCCCACGGACGAUACCCCGCCAAUCGCUUUAACUGGUGAUAACUUAUACAUUAACGCGCACUCGUGCCAUAUAUUUCCUCUGCAACUUCCCACUGAAGAAACGUUAGGGGCAGAUUUAUUAAGGGUCGAAUAGUACAUUCUAAUUCGGAUUUUUUUUUUUUUUGGUAUCAAAAUUCAAGCAUUCAGAUUUGAAUCCCCCUAUUCGAAUGUGAGAUUUAUCACACUUCGACCACAGAAACGGUCCUCAUUUAAAUAUUCGCCACCUAAAACCUGCCAAGUUCAUUUACAAGUCAAUGGCAGAGGUCCGAUGAGCCAUUUUGAAGAUGUUAACAGCCUUCCUGACAUUUGAGUUUUUUUUCAGAGGGAAAACUCGAAUUGAAUACAAAUUGUUCCUAUUCGAUCGAUUAUUAGACUCACAUUUUUUCUUAAAGGGGAAGUAAAGUCUAAAAUAGAAUCAGGCUAGAAAUGCUAUAUUUUGUAUACUUAACAU